UGCCAUGGAUGAGUGAUUUCCAGAACUGCUCUGCAUUGCUUUCUUUGGUGGUGGUGACAGUUCUGUAGGGCUGGUUCUUUGUCCUUCUUGCAGAUAGUCUGUUCAUCUCUUCGACAUGUGGAAAGUGGUGCUCCUGGGACUAUAUGCAAUGCUGGCUGUCAGAGGACUGACAAAGGGUGCUCCUUUCGAACCAGAAGAAAAAUGGAAACCUCUAGAUAAUCCUAGAAACAGAGACUUGUUUUUCAGAACGCUCCAGGCAUACUUUUCCGGUCGGGGUCUCGAUCUCAGAAAUUUCCCAGCUACUUUCACUGUGAACAAUGAAGGACCAAGGCCGGUCAUGUUCUACUCAGAUCCCAUUGCUUCUGCGUUUGCAGAUUAUGAAGAAAGGAAAAAUUCUUUUCCAAACGACUUGAAAGGCUAAAAGAUGCUGCCGACCAAGGUGUUAGCUUUCGGACUUCACGCCAGGCGCUCACCUCCACGGCGAAGUGCUGCCGCCUUGCCUUCUUCCCUGCUCGCCGGCAGUUUAAACGUCCCCUCCGCCCCAGCUCUCGCCCUGAGGCGGGCCGCCUCGCUGCCAUCCCCAUUUGCUGUCCGUUGGUGUUACGCGUGGUGCUUGGGGGCAGCGCUGGCUGUGUUUAUGUCCGAAUA